AUGAACACGAUGCCGAAGAAUAACGAGUGCAGCCCAGAAAACCUCGAGAAACAAGCCAAAAUAAAGCGCUCCUGUGACGCAGCCCUGCAGCUCCGAGCAGGCCCCGCUGGCCACGCCAUCCAAACCACCCCUUCCCUCCUUGUCGCUAUGCCAGACAUAGUCCAAAAGCCGUCCCAGCCGUGGCUCCUGCUGGAAGAAAACCAGAUGCUGCUCGCGACGCUGGCCACGCUGACCCUCGCCACCGGCUCCGCCCUCAUCUGGCGACGGGCCCUGCCUACUGCUUCUGAAUCUCAGGGCGACUCAACGAACGGCGAUAAGGCGAAACCUUCGCUCAUACAGUCCGCCCUCGCGUCAUUGCACCUCGAUAGUCUUGCCUCUGGAGCGGCCCUGGUCGAGAACGAAGGCGGAGGCAGCGGAGGCGGAGGAGGCAGCGGAGAGAGCGCAGAUGGUCACGACGCGCUGGACCGUGACGGUCGUGCGCAUUCGAGGAACAACGCACGGCCGAAGGAGAGGAGAAGGCGGGGAAAGGAUCCGUUGAAGGAUCUGUCCAAGAACGGGAAGAAGCUGAAGGACAUCCUCAGACAGAGCCAGCCCAAACGGCCGACGACCGCCUCGUCCGACGACGCCACCACCGCGACAGAACACAACUCGCCACCGCAACCCGCCCCUGUCCUCCUCUCCCGCGACCUUAGCUCCUCGUCCACGACCCGCACUCGGUCAGCAGCAGCGGCAGCGUUGGAGGAGGAGCAGGAGGCCACGCCGAGGCCGUCGCCUCCUUCCGUUGCGUCGGGUUCGAGGCCUUCUCACGAGCUUUCCUUCCCACCCGCACCAGUACCCGCACCGCCAUCCCCUCCCGCCUCACACGCAUCCGACUCCCUUCUCUCCCUCCCAGAGUCAACAACGGAGCACCCGCCCAAUCGCAGCUCCACCAUAUCCAUACCCUCAUCCUUCAACGCGCCCUCCACUUCCACUUCCACUUCCACCUCCGAGUCCUCUUCCCACCUCGCUCCCCCUACUUGGUCCUCCUCCACCUCCUCCUGGGUCGAAAUAUCCUCCCCCUCUGCCGGCUCUUCAUCUUCAUCCAAACAACGGCCGAAACAAAGAUCCCGUUCUCGCAAUCCGAACAGUUCGUGGGACUGGGACGGUCAAUCGCCUUUCUACCGUGAUCCUCCCCCUCGGUUCAGAACCGCCGCCGCCGCCUCCUCUGCUGCCGGUGCAAAUGGAAAUGGAAAUGGAAACUCUCCGCAUCUCGCGCCGUUGACGCCCCAGUCCAUCCCCUCCUCGCUCCCCAUCUCACCCGCAGAAUCACCGAGCAAGUCUUCCUUCCCAUCUAGUAGUAGUACCUCCACAUCCCUAUCCAUACCCUCCUCCCGACACGCAGCGCCCUCGCCCUCGCCUGGUCCCGGACCCUCACGUCAAUCUACUAUCCGACGUACACCUACACCGCGUUCUACCCAAACUCCUCCUCCGCAGUCUUCUUCUUCUUCCAAUCAGACCCCGAACCCGCUCUCCUCGUCUUCCAGUCAGACCCUAAACCCACUAUCGACACAGACCCAGAUCGCGUCGUUGAAGGGCGCACUAGAAGCCGCGAAGAUGAGGGAGGAGAAGUAUAGAGGUGAGGUGGAGAGGUUGGGGAAGGAACAGGAGGCGAUGAGGUGGAAGGUUCAGGAGGAGGCGGCGGGGUGGAGGAGGAGGGAGGUUGAGAUGUUAGAUGGGCGAUGCUGUGGCGGGGGUGUCGCCCGCGGUGCACAGGGUCGGACAGUUGUCUGGAAUCCGGCCGUACAGAAAGAUGCGCACGACGUUCUAGCAAAGAGAACUUUUCUGAUUUUUUCUUUGCGCAUUCUGUUGGCUGGAGUUCUGUGCGGCUGGAUUUUCAUCCUACUACAUAACUACAUCCAAUACCUAGGCCACACACUCCAACUAUACGCAUCCAGCGUAGCCCCUAUCCCCGUCCCCGUCCCUGCACCGAACUCAUUCCCCGGUCCCGGUCCUGGAGCAUUCUCGCCGCUAUCACCGCUUUCGCCAGGUAGCACUCAACCAUUCUCACCUAAUGGUAGUCAACCUCAACCGCCACCGAGCUCGUCAUCGCCUUUUGGCUCGCCCAUGCCACUUCAACAGCCGUAUUCGAUGCAUAAUUUCGUGGCGCCACAACAUCAACAGCAGAUGAUGAUGAUGAAUCCGAUGGGCAUGUUUUUUGGGACUGGGAUGGGUGGGGGUGUUGGCGGAAGUCCGAACGUGAACGGGAAUGGGGGUGUCAAUGGGAAUGGGAAUGGAACCGGAAGUUUGAACGGAAACGGGAAUGGAAACGGAAAUGGGAAUGGGAAUGGAAACGGCAACGCAGCGACGUCCUCAGCCCCAUCGUCCGUCGGGUCUGGGUCCGGAAGUCCGGUGCAGUUUGAUGACGGACAGAGAGGUCGGAGGAGGGAGAGGUCGGUGUACGAGGGCGCGAACGGGAACGGGGUGUUAUCCCACCACGGACAUAGCGAGCGAGAGGAUGGAGAGGAUGUGAAUACGGAUAUCGAGGACGGACCGCACGGAGAACUACCAGCACAACGCGAACACGAACAACGCGAACAAUCAGGGGGAGAAGAAGAAGAAGAAGAAGAAGAACAAAGCGACGCGUACGAUUUCAUCGCAGGAGCCAUCUUGAAACGUCCAGAGAGUCUAAGUUUGAGGCUCAAGAAACGGGGCGCCGGGAAUGGGAAUGGGGGGAGUCAGAGCGCGAGUCGGCGGGGAGGGGCAGGGGCAGGGGCGGAGAUGUUGAAGGCGAGGUUCGAAAGACCGGUGGAGAUGGAGGAGUGUCGGUUUCCGUCGAUUGAGGAUUGGGGGAAUGCGUUGGGUGUGCCGAGGAGGAGGGUGGAGGUUGAGGAGGAGGUGUGGAAUGGGGAGGGGGAGGGGGAGGGGGAUGUCGCUGUGGGUGAGGAGAAUCAGGAUGGAGAGUGGCAGGGGGGAGAGGAGAGGGAGGGAGAGUUGUUGUAUGACUCGGCGGCGAUCAUGCGGUCUCCUGGGUUUAAAGAGGACAACCAUGGCUAUUCGAAUACGCUCGAGAUCCCGCCGUCGUUGGAUACGGAGACGCACAUGAACGGUGGAGAUGGCGAUUCGGAUCCACGGACGGCGACACAGACGGCUCAUGAUGUCGAUUUUCAUGAUCCACAAUCGUGA